GACCACAAUUUUUUUUCUGUUCUUCGUAAUCUAGCAAAAGAAAAAAUUAUUGUUCGUUUUGAAAGGUCGCCCGGCGCUACCUCUCAAUUUUCACGGUACUAAUUUGAAUUUUCCAUCGUCGGCAAAAACAGUCAACCAUUACGUUCAAAGCGUUCCAUGAAAAAGGAUGCAGGUAAUCGAAGGUCCAAUCAUAAGCAAAGUAUCUUUCCRAAAGGAAUAAUCCCUCAGUCCUAAGAUGACGAUCAGGUCACGUUGCAAAGUUAGUACGACAAUCCUGUUUAUUGCCUCAUCGGUAGMAUUGGCAUGUUUCCUUCCCUGGUCCUGUUCGGCUUCGUCCGAAGUCGUUCUCGAUGCCUCGGGAGAAGCAGAAGAUAGCGGGUACUACGACGGCGAUGGCAACGACGACGCCAUCGAUGAUCAUUACUACGAUAAUAGCGUCAGAGAAAAUGUGUACUGGGAAUACGAGGGACUCGAAGAUUUUCCGUAUUUCCCCGAAGAAUUCGCUGCGAUGCAAAAGCACAUCGAUCCAAUGGACGCCGUCUUCGAAAAGAUGGACGAUCAGGGGAUCCAUCCCGGUCAUUUCAUACUCGACGAUUUCGUCGUUGGGGGCGUYAAUCUUGCCACUUACCAGGUGGAACACCCCCCCUUUCAGCUGUACGAGGAUUUCGAUAUCGGCUCUUACGUCGUGGACGGACCGAGAACGAUGAGCUGGAAACAGYUGGUCGGGAUUCGAAACGGGCUGGAACGUCCAUCCCUGAGCUGGUACGUGGACAAGGUCGCUAGGAAGCGAUGGUUCCGGGAGCAGGGCWUCUACCCGCAGCCCGAGACCUAUCUCGCGAAAUACAAGGACGAGCUCAGCGACACGGGGAGGAAGGAAGACGAGACGAUGGCCAUCCUCGCCCACCUGCCCACCGAGCACGGGUUCUGCGCCAAGCCGACGCACAUGUCCAUGACGAUGGGCAACUGGCUGGUGGACAUUCCCCCGAAUCGCAGCGGGGCGGGAACGGGAGACGCGCCAAAGUACACCAACCGUGCCCAGCGACUGGCCGCCUCUGGCCAGGGCGGGGCCUACGAUCCGCGGGUCUGCGCCGAUAGCCUGGCCGAGGGGCUCCAGCGCGAGGCGACCGAGAUCGAGUCCUGGGCCCUGAAAAACGUUCGGCCGGGGAUCGUCAUCGAGGAGCUCUACUCCGCCGGGGAAGACCGGGACCUGCCGCCCCACGAAUUCUGCAUGUUUGUCGUCUGGGGAAGGGUGUACGCCGGCCAGUGGAACCUAGUGGGGGAGGACCGGUACAUGGGAGGGUUUUUCUACCGCGACGGAAGCGCCGCCCCCGGCUGYCCCCUCGACCGRCUCCCCGACUGGGUCCCCUGGAACGAGCUGGUGGAGAUUGCGGAGAGCCUCUCUCAACACAAGGACAUGUUCCGCGUCGACAUGUUCGUGGGGGUCCCGAGGUACAGCGGGGAGGACGAAGGGGUGAGGAUUGCCGUGUCGGAGAGCGAGGUGCACCCCACCACCAUGUUUUGCAACCCGUUYAUUGCCGAAGAAAUGGCCCGCCUCUGGGUCGCCGGCUACCGGAUCGGCAGCUACGAGGUCAUCCCCAACGACGAGGUGCCCGUUGGCUUUUACGGGAAGAGCGUUCCCGGGGGGACGCCCGGCGGUUUGCACCGGAAGAAGGCCAGCAGCUCUGGCCGCCGCGCCACGACCGAAAGCGGGUACGUGCCGUGAGGGAGGAGGCCAAAGACAAACGCGGCGCAGCGCGGGGAGUCGAGUUUCGAUUUCGAUGGCAAUCGAAUCGCACCCGCGGGGCUUUCGUUUUGCGAGCACCRCAUUCGAGGUGCCGCCGAGUUGUCGAUCGGCGAUUCCUAGAUUCCAGUGGCAAAGGAACACCUGCACCAUCUAUUUGCAUCGUGUCGUGUGAUCUACCAUGCUCUCACUCCAGCACAUGCUGGUUCAAGGGUGUGGGAUGCCGAAACGCAAAAAAGGAAAAAAUCCAUCGAACGAGAUUCUAUCUCGUCAGACCAUCGCAUACCAUCGGUCUCUGUUCCGCUGCAUACUAUCAUUCGACCGACACGCUAAUAACUUUUUGGAAACAAA